AUGAGUUUCCUGUCUCAGGCGCUUGCUGCAUCCGGAUCAGCGGGAGGGAGCUCGCAUCCAAGUGGCCGCUGCUCCUUGGCGCGUCGCGGGGGCUCCGCGUCGCCUGAGCUGGGCGAGAGGCAAGGAGAUCUGGACCCGCCGGCUGGCCUCCGCCUCGCCCUCUCGCCGCUGGACCCAGGUGAUGGCACAAUGAAGGACACAAAAGGGAAGAGCCUACAAGAGGAGGAGGAGGACUUUGAACCUCAAGUUGAAUUGCAUUUUACCAUCUUGGAAGAAUCCGAAGGGGGCAUUUCACAGGGAAAACUUUGGCACUGUGACAUUAAUGCUGAGCUGCAGCCAGACAGUUCGUUGGUGCCAGAACCAGACGAUGAGUCCAUUUACUCAGACCGGACACGGUCUCCCUCACCAGAACUGCAGAAAGUACUCCCAGCCCCUGACAGGGGGGCCCUAGAGAGAAGGGCAGAAAGCUAUCCACAGCCAGGUCCCAAGCAGCAGGUUGAGCUGCAUUUUACCAUUCUGGAGGAGUCCGAAGGGGGCAUUUCUGAGGGGAAACUCUGUGCGAGUGAGAUUAACCCAGAUGAGCCCCUGGAGAUAGACUAUCCCAAGCACCAAUGGGACAGACCUGUUCAGCUCGCCCAGCCGUUGGCUGUGAAAAAGAAUUCUCCCACAACCAAGAACGUGCUGGAGGGUGAAUUGAAAGGGCAGGUUUCCCAGCAGGAAAGUCCAGAUCAGCAAGUAGAAGUCCAUUUUACUAUCUUUGAAGAUUCCGGAGAAGCCAGUCUUUCCCACAGUCUUGAAGAUUAUUCUGUCUGGGAGAGCCCGGUCAAACCUGACAUGUAUCAGGGAGACUAUCCAAAAGAGGACUGGGAUGCCUCUAUUGACAGCCUAGGUGAGGUCUUUGAAUCUUCUUUCCAGCAGCAAUUCUAUUCGGGGGGCAGAAUGUACCCCUGUACCGAGUGCGGGCGAGUCUUCAACCGGAAGUCGACUUUGACGCGACACUGGAGAACCCACACGGGAGAGAAGCCUUAUUCAUGCCCCGACUGUGGGCGGAGCUUCAGUCUGAACCUGAACCUCCUUACCCAUCAAAUGACCCACACAGGAGAAAAACCCUACAAGUGCCCAGAUUGUGGACAAAGCUUCACCCGUAGUACAAGUGUCACCAGGCACCAGAGGAGCCACCAGGAGGAAAGUCCUUACAAAAAUGACAUCUGGGAGGAAAGUUUCCCGUACAACUACCCAGUCCCCUUUCCCUAUCCGAUGCCUCCAAUGGAGGAGAAAUCCUAUGUAUGCCCAGAUUGCGGAGAGACCUUCACACACAGCGGGAGCCUCAACAGGCACCUGCGUAUGCACAGAGGGGAGAGGCCUUAUAAAUGUGUUGUGUGUGGGGAGGGCUUCUGUUCCAUGUCAAAGCUUUACAGGCACGAGAGGAUCCACAUGGUGGAUAAGCCCUACCACUGUGAAAUCUGUGGGAAAAGCUUUGCUGUCAAGUCAACUCUGACCAGGCAUCAGAUGCUCCACCAGGCCGAGAGGCCCUACAUGUGUUCUCACUGUGAGAAGGGCUAUGUGCAGAGGAGCCACUUGGCCAGGCAUCACCACAAAGCGCACCCUGAGGUGCCCUUUAACCCUGUUAAAGCAAACAGUAUGCCUGCCACCAUUCUGGAUUCUGACAACCUAGUUACUUAUUUCUGGGGGGACGAGGAAAUGGACAUUCCCCCGGAGCCUAUCCCAACUCAGUUGAUCUACUCUGGAGCAGACUGCUGAAGGGACUUUAGCCUAGCCUGGAGCUACAGCUGCCCCACAAGAGAAGCGCCUUGGUCCCCAAUCUCUUGUGCUCUUGUCUUUUUAACUCUCAGAAAUGCUGGCAUGUUUUGUAUAGAUUCUGGGAGCCCCAGAUGGAUUUUUACUGUGAGAAGGAAACUGUUUUUGUUGUGGACAGACGGUCUUGGUGCCAAGGAGCCUUCCUUGCCUGGCAACUCUCGUAACACUGAUACACACAUGUGAACACACACACAUGAAGCUGCCUUAUACUGAGUCAGAUCCCUGGUCAGCAUUGUCUACUCUGACUAGCCACAGCUCUCCAGGGUCCAGCUCUCCAUAAUCUCUUCCCUGCUUCUUUUAACUGGAGAUGCCGGGGAUUGAACUGGGACCUCCGGCAUGCAAAGCAGAUGCUCUCCCACUGAGCCACGAUCCCUCCCUUGCACUGAUACUUUCCCAAAAAGCAACCUCUUGAGAGGAUGCUCUGAUGUUGGAACCGCGCCUUCUCUGCAUCCUGGUCCACUGCGGAGGCUCCAGCAUCCUCACAGGCCAACCACCACAAAGAGCAGAUCUGUGGGGGGGAUGAGAAACUUGCUCCUGAAUGAAACCUUCUCAGUGCUUCUUAAUGGGAAUAGAAGCCAAGUGCCAUUUGUAAUGGGGCAGCCUGUCGGCUGAGUAAACCUACCUUGCAAGGGAAGGGAGCACUGCCCCCUCUCUGUAGCAAAAUGUCUAGAAUAGGGAGAUGCACGCAAGCUUGAGAGUUCUUUGUUUUUGUUUGUAAAAAGGGGGGAGUUUUGCUUGCUUUCUUUUUUCUAAAAAAAGGAAAACUAUGCUGAUUCUUGUUUUUAUCAAUAUACUGGUGGCUGAACUCUUUAAAAUAUGAGUAAAGACAUGGUGGCGAAAAAAGGUCCAGCAAACCAGCUUGUAGAAUGUAAGAAUAAAAUUUCCAGGAGACA